GCCAUGCCGACGCCAGCCUCACCAUGCAGCUGUCCAUCGUGUGUCAGGCAGCGGUAUGGGCGCCACGCCCCGGUCACGCCCCCCUCACGUGUUGCCGGGUGUCAGUAGGUGCAGCGGCGAACGUUGUUCUUUUGCCGGGCAGUGAAUGAGAGUCUGUUCACCAUGCUGCUGUCCGCCGUGCUGCACACCUAUUCCUUGCGCUAUGUGCUGCCCGCCGCCCUCAUGCUGGGCACGGCACCCUCCUACCUGCUGGCCUGGGGCUGCUGGAGGGCCCUGAGCGUCCUACUGCCCGAGAGACUGUACAGGAAGGGGGACGACCGGCUGUACAACGUCUACCAGAGCAUGGUGCUCUUCUUCUUCCAGCACUACACCGGGGUGCAGAUAGUGCUAUAUGGAGACCUGCCAGAGAAGGAGAAUGUCUUAUACUUGUCCAAUCAUCAGUGUACAGUUGAUUGGAUAAUCGCAAACAUGAUGGCCGUGCAGCAGAAUGCCUUGGGUCAUGUUCGAUAUGUUCUGAAGGAUGGUUUGAAAUUUCUUCCUCUGUAUGGCUGGUAUUUUUCUCAGCAUGGGGGACUAUAUGUUAAGAGGAGUGCCAAGUUUAAUGAAAAGAAUAUGAGGAACAAGUUGAAAUCUCAGAUGAAGGCUGAGACUCGGAUGUACCUUGUGAUAUUCCCUGAAGGAACACGUUACAAUCCUGAUAUUCCACAGGUCAUUGCCGAUAGCCAAACCUUUUCCAUGAAAGAAG